AUGGAGAUGAUGGAGAUGAUGGAGAUGAUGAUGAUGAUGAUGAUGAUGAUGAUGAUGGAGAUGAUGCUGCACCUGGAGAGGAUGUGGAAGGAGAUCAUGGACAUGACACCACGACCUUCGCUGAUCUUCGGGGCCCCUCGGGAGGAAGACAAGAGGAUAUCAGGAGGGUCUGCGAAGGAGGUAGAAGGAGCAAGACGAGUUUCAGAGAGGGGGUCAUCCUGGUCGUUGGACAUUGCAGGAGACAAGCCGCACAGCGCUAGGGUGAAGGAGGCGUCGGAGAGAUUCCUUGCCAUCAAGCAGUACCUAAUGGCUGCAAGAAGCAAUGUGGAGCAGAGAAAGAUCGAGGUGCAGCGAGGUGAGUUGGAUGCUCGACAGGAAGUUGUCGAUGAGAUUUUGUUCAAAGUUGUAGAUGAAACAGAAAUCCGCACAAACACCGUAGAAAUCACCACAGCACCAGGGGCAACGAUGAUGACGACGGCAACAACAUCAAACAUCACGGAGAGUGCCGAGGGGGCAACGUGCUCGGAGAGACACGAUUGUGAGGCCGUGUCGAGACAAGAAAUCGAGAGGAUGAGAAAUGAGAUCAUGGAGUUAAGGAGGGAACUUUCCGUCAUGAAGCAACAAUCCGUAUCGCUCCAGUCAGUCUCCCUUGCAACAUCCAGCGACAACCCUACGACCAUCUCCGACCCUCCGGCUGUUACCGAUCGACCCCAGUUGAGCUUUCGAAGUCUGCCUUCAAGGAUCGAUCGCGAUCAAGUGAGAGAGAGAUGUGGAAUCGCUCCCUACAGGCGAUCGAGCUUGAGAUUGGCAAAAGGUUGUUUGCCGACUGACGCCGAGGAGCUGGAGGAAAGGAAGAGAACAACAUCGCACAGAUACAUCAAGUGUGCACAAGACGAUGUCGAAGUAACACCAAGUAAUACGUCGAGAAGUUUCAAUCUUGCAGACAAUCUCGUGGCAGACAUGGUGACUUUGCAAGCUCUUGACAUGCUGACGCUGAUCUUUGAGGUCAUCGCUGCAGGGCUGGAACUCUGUUGCCUCGCUGCUGGGACAGAAAGGAGCGUGGAGCAGGUGGAGAGACAAGUUAGGGGGAGGAACCCUGACGUGAUUGACAUCAACAUGACCGUCCCUCUCAGACCUGUCCCACACUUGGUGGUGCAGGGUGUCAAGGACACCGAUGGCUCAGCUUGCUUCCAAGACCAGGUUGUUGACUUGCUCAAAGCAAAAGUUGAGAAGAUCUUGUCUCUCGAGCUCGUCAAGGGAAAGUUCAUGAGCAACAUGAGCAAGGGCGAAGACCUGAUGAGCCAGUUGUCCAACUCGCUACAGGAGCUGCUCCCUUUCAACUUCGACGAGCAUCAGCUUGCCAUGCGCCAAUGUUUCCUCUACCUCUCCAAGCAUUCGGCGGCUAGUAAGAACGAGCACCAGUGGCUGGACCCAAGGUCGCAGAAGUUGCUGUACGAUGCCUUGGACUCGCUGCCGACGUCGAUCCCCCUGAACGAGGAGUUGGAUGAUGCCGUCUCUUGCAUGAGGCACACCGGAUCGCAACUGACAUCGCCGUGGUGGCGGCCCAGCUGA